GAAAUCUGUUUCAAAAUUAAGAUGGGAAAUUAUGCCGUGCUUUCUAUGAUAACCCUUCAGAUCUUCCAGAUGAAAAUUCCAUUCUGCUCUUCGUCCUAUCCCGCAAGAUUGCCUGGACGUUGCUGGAAGAUUGAAUGUACUACGAAUUCUAAAGUCUGAAAUAGAACCAGUAACAAAUCUCGAAGGCUCAAUAUCAAUCUUGAUUGUUCUUCCAUCCAAAUAGCCUCUUACUUAUUUCCUAUUAGCCACUUCUCCCAAACUUUCAACCAUCACAUCUCGCUUCUGAACAUCUCUCCUAAAAUGGCAUUUCAUCGCGUCCAAACCUGGUACCCAUCAUUCAACGACAUCCAGCCAGAUCCCAACUCACCUUUCCGCAAUGUCGUCCCCCAAGUCCUCGAUAUCCCUUUGAAUCCCCAAGAGAUACGCUAUAGAGAAAUAUGCGGCAUGUUAAAAUAUGCUGAAGACAACAAGAGAGCAGUCACGAAAGACAAGAAGAAAUAUUCUCGAGAACUCCGAGUCGCAUUGAUGAGAUUGGAUGUGGGAGGAGGAGAGGGGAGGAAUGGAAGGGAAAGAAUGAGGAAAGUGGUUUUGUUGCAAAAGGUGGUGCAGUCACACCAGAGUUAUAAGAAUGGUCUGAUGGUGUGUGAGGGUGAGUUAUGGAGGAAGGAGAAGGAAUUGAAGGGGUUGUUGAAAUUGCGGGCUCAGGAGAAUGGGAAUGCGGGUUAUUAUGAGGGUAGAAAUUGGUGGUUUGUGGCGGAGGCAGAGGAAAGUGAUGAAGAGGAUGAUGAUGAGGAUGAUGAUGAGGAUAAUGAUGAUGAUGAUGAAAUGGAUGAGGGAGAUGAAGGUGAAGAAACGGAAGGAAUGGAACUAGAAUGUUUGAGUGAGGAAGAUGAGGAUGAGGAAAUGGAGAUAGAAUGAGGUACACUGUACAUAUAUUUGAGCAGUGCAAAGGUGACCAUACCUAUCAAGUUUGAACAUGUGAAUUUUACAUCCA